CCCGCCCACGGAAACUUCAAUGCGGAAGUAUUGACGAGGCCACCUACGGCAAGUAGGACGUCACGAAAAAAAGUAUGUUUUUAAAUUAUUGUUAAUUAUCGUUCAUAAAUGUCUUUGGUAAUAUUUGUGACUGAACGGAAAUUUUUGUUACAAAAAACAGUUUUUAUAUUUUUUUACGCCAAACUCGUGCGGUUGUUACAUGGUAAUGCAUGCUAGCUAGUGGCUCUGCUGAUACUGUACCCUCUUUUACCAAGCAUUUGAAGAAAAACAACUCGGUCGUCUUCAUUUGGGGUUCCUGACAAAAUAUUUAUUUAAACUCGUCUUGAAUUCUGUAUUCAGUGAAGCUGGUGUCAUGCACAGUAUUUUCCGGUGUUUGAGAUGAUAAAAUCACUCCAAAAUUUGUAAAAUUGUUGAAAGGUCAUUUCAAAUCAUAACUACGACUGUUUCAAAUCUCAUGUACUAGGAAGUCAUUUUUAAAAAAAGUUGAUUGAGGACUCUUGAUGUGAGCCAACACAAAUCCCACAUUGUCCAUUUACGCAAUUCUUGAAUGUAUUUGUGUAUCUGGUGUCAUGUAUGACCUUUUGUAGAUCUCAUCCCGGUCUCCUUGGAGGUGCGCAGCCAUGAAACUAGGACUGCACUUUGUGGUGGACCCCAUGGGGUGGCUGUGUGUCAGCGCUGUGUUUGGGGUCUGGCUCUACAACUCUUUCUUCGUUCCCGAGCUGGUUCUGCUACCCCACUACAGAGAAGGCCACAUUCCCUGGGUUAUAGUCAUUUGUUAUUACGCCGCGUCAGCACUCUGCUUCGCGGCCCUGUUCAGGGCAUCCACUGCAGACCCUGGUCAUCUUCCUACGAACCCUCAUAUACCUCACUCUGAACGAGAGCACUGGGAAUUGUGCAACAAAUGCAACCUCAUGAGGCCCAAAAGGACCCAUCACUGCAGUCGUUGUGGUCACUGCGUGCGCAGGAUGGACCACCACUGUCCAUGGAUCAAUAACUGCGUGGGGGAAGACAACCACUGGCUCUUCCUACAGCUCUGCUUCUACACGCAAGUUCUUAGUGGCUUCACGCUGGUGCUGGACUUCUGCCAGUACUAUUACUUCCAGCCCCUCACGCACCUUGACCAGGAGAAGUUCACGACGCGGCACGAGCUGGCCUUGUUGCGGGCUUCGGCGCUCAUGGGCGUGGUGAUGUUCGGUGGCAUGUCGGCCUUGUUUCAUUCGCAGCUGGUCGGCAUCCUCUCGGAUACCACCACCAUCGAGAUGAUGACACCAUUCUCCAAUGAAAGUCAUGGCCCGAGGAGAUCGUGGCAGUGGGCCCUGGCCGAGGUGUGCGGCACCCACUGGAAGACGCUGUGGUUCGUGCCGUUCCGAAGCAGGCGGGGGCUCCGAGCCGGCGGCUCUUACGGAGACCACGUGUAGCCUUCACUCAACGCUUGGGAUCGCAGCUGUGCCUCCGUGACUGCCACCCGGCAACCGAAAAGCUGCUGCUAAAAGGAAAACCUCUCAGGUUGAUUCGAUUAUUUUGUGUCGAGAUACUGUACAUGCAUGCACGCGCGAUACGCGAUACACGAUACACGAUACACGCGUCUGUACUAAAUCAAUCAAUAUUUUUUUUUUCCCACAACAUCAUGCACUGGUCCUCGCUGGUACUCUUGAAGACACUUGAAGUUGUUGUUUUUCUUCCAUAUAUUUCUUCAGAGCCGCUAUUUUAUUUAAAAUGCUAUAUUUCAGGUGGAAGUGUUUACGCUACUGUUUAGUGGGUUGAAUGAAGUAUUUUAUGUUUUCAAGUGGGAGUUUUUUUUUUUUAAAAUUUCAUUAUCAUUAUUUGGGAGGGGGACAAGGGUGCUGUUUGACUGUUCGUGUUCGCAUAACACUGGAUGUACAUACUUAUGAUUUUCUAAAAUCACAUUUUUAAUAAUAGUUUUGCCUUUUUGUUUUGUUGUUUUUUUCUCCCUUUUUCUUUUUUAUUUGUAUCUAUUUCAGAUGUGGUUUUUAUAUUACAAGUUGCCUAUUUAUCUUAAACCACCGCGAUUAUCAUGAAGGAAAUUCUACGCCAAAGAACGCGACGAUGACAUGAUCGAGAUUGUAUGUACCGUUAAUUCAACAAUGCCUCUGCUUGCGUUUCACUGUGUUCCAAGUUGUUAGGCAAGUUUCCUUACCUGUCGAUGUGAUAAUAACAUUAUUUCACUGGAA